AUGAUCAGCCCUAGCGCUGCAGCAAAAUGCUGGAUGGACACCUCCUUCUGGGAUGGCUCUCCUCCUGCGCGCUCCUAGUGCUGCUGGGCGGCGCCCCGGGACCCUCCGCCGCCUACUUCGGGCUGACUGGGAAUGAACCUCUGACCAUCCUCCCUCUGACUUCAGAAAUGGAGGAAGCUGCCGUCAAGGCCCAUUAUAAAGUGUGCGACCGCCUGAAGCUGGAGAAGAAGCAGCGCCGGAUGUGCAGGCGGGAUCCAGGGGUGGCCGAGACCCUCGUGGAGGCCAUCAGCAUGAGUGCCCUGGAGUGCCAGUACCAGUUCCGCUUCGAACGGUGGAACUGCACCCUCGAGGGGCGCUACAGAGCCAGUCUGCUGAAGAGAGGUUUUAAGGAAACAGCCUUCCUUUAUGCCAUUUCCUCGGCCGGGCUCACCCACGCCAUGGCCAAGGCCUGCAGCGCUGGGCGCAUGGAGCGCUGCACCUGCGACGAGGCUCCCGAUCUGGAAAACCGAGAGGCCUGGCAGUGGGGCGGUUGCGGUGACAACCUCAAGUACAGCAACAAGUUUGUCAAGGAGUUCCUAGGGAAGAAAUCCAACAAGGACCUGCGAGCCAGGGUGGACUUUCACAACAACCUCGUGGGCAUGAAGGCUUCGUUCUUCUAUCUGCAGGUCAUCAAAGCUGGUGUGGAGACUACUUGUAAGUGCCAUGGCGUGUCCGGAUCCUGCACUGUCCGAACGUGUUGGCGGCAGCUCUCUCCGUUCCAUGAGAUCGGCAAGCAGCUGAAGCAGAAAUAUGAGACGUCCCUCAAAGUGGGCAGCACCACCAACGAGGCCACGGGGGAAGGGGACAUCUCGCCACCCAAGAAAUCCACCCCUGGCCACAGCGAUCAAAUCCCAAGGACUACAGAUCUUGUCUACAUUGACGAUUCCCCUAGUUUCUGUCUGAUGAGCAGGUAUUCGCCUGGGACUUCAGGAAGGAAAUGUUACAAGGACAAGAAUUGCGAGAGCAUUUGCUGCGGCCGAGGUCACAACACACAGAGCAGGGUGGUCACACGGCCGUGCCAGUGCCAGGUUCGCUGGUGCUGCUACGUAGAGUGCAAGCAGUGUACUCAAAGAGAAGAAGUUUAUACCUGCAAAGACUAACGCAUGCUCUGCCUAAUGGAGAUCCUCGGUGGUGGGAGAUUAUGAUCUAUGAGAACUACACAUGGAGACAAACAGGGUUUGACUGACAUUCUAGGAUCUGAAAGCUAUGUUGAGACAUAAGCACUUUGUAGGGUACAGGUGACCCAGCUGUGUUGCUGUUCUUUUUUGUUUGUUGGGUUUUUUUUCUGUAGACUGAAUUUUAACCAUGAGGUCCAACCGUGUGGAAAUAAGUGCCUGUCAUAUUGGGGUUAGGUACCAGUAGACCCUCACCAAAGCGGUCCAUGAACCCAUCAGCUUGAUAGAUCACUCACUUAUCUUGAGGUUUUGAUUAUUUCACCAAUCCUCCCCAAAACUCCUGGAAAUCUACCUGACUGUCCAGACAGCUACGCAAAUGAGCGAGAUAAACUGACUUCGGAUCUUUUUGCCUUGAAACGUUGUGGUCAAGGUAAUUGUGGCGCCCUAAAGAUAGGGGGUGGGCUAAGCGUAGAGAGUACCAAUCGUUCCUCUAGUGGAAUUUCUGCAGAUCUAGCAUAAAAAGCUCUGACAAAGAGCUACCCUCAAAAGUGGGUCUAUCUUUUUUUUUUUUUUUUUUUUUUUUUUUUUUUUUUUUAGUGAACAUAGCUUCAGAAAUGUUGGGGUCCGUCCAGCUUGCCAUGUUGCAGACAACAAAAAGUUUGGGAAGAGUUCAGACACACCCGCCCCCUUCAGCCUGAUUGGACACUCAUCUUCAUGUGUUCUUCAGAUGCAGGUUUUUUAGCACAAUCACUGUCUUAAUUUAAAAAAUAAAACCACUAGAAGACCUUUCACUUUUCA